AGCAGCAGCAGCACCCCCGCCAGCAGCACUAGCUGCAGCAGCAGCAGCAAGGGAGCAGCGGGCGCAGCAGCCCCGCUCCGCUCCUGACGGUCCAGUGGCGGCGGCGGCCCUGGUGGGAGACAAAGAGCGAAGAAAGAAGGCGGCGACGGCGGCGGCGCUGCAGCAGCGGGGGGGGACUGGUAUGGUGGUUUCACAGGUAGAGCCCCGCUGCACUCACUGGGAGGCGGAGGAGGGCGGCCAACCCCGAAAGAAGGCAGAGUGGGAACCGGAAGGCACCUUGAAGAGCCAUGCAGGGCCUUGGCAGACAGGAUUCCCAGAAUCCUCUCCCCUCAAUGUACCAGCUGGACGGACACCUGCUUAGUGGGCAUGCCCAAAGAAAAGUACGGCCCUCCAGACCCUCGGAGGAUGUACACAAUUAUGUCCACAGAAGAAGCAGCCAAUGGCAAGAAAUCUCACUGGGCAGAGCUGGAGAUCAGCGGAAAAGUCAGAAGCUUAAGUGCAUCCCUGUGGUCACUGACCCACCUGACAGCUUUGCAUCUCAGCGACAAUUCCCUGUCCCGAAUCCCUUCAGACAUUGCCAAGCUUCACAACCUGGUGUAUCUGGACCUGUCCUCUAAUAAAAUCCGCAGUUUACCAGCUGAGCUCGGAAGCAUGGUGUCACUCAGGGAACUCCAUUUAAAUAACAACCUGUUACGAGUUCUACCUUUUGAGCUGGGGAAACUGUUUCAGUUGCAGACCUUAGGUCUAAAAGGAAAUCCACUUUCGCAAGAUAUAUUGAACCUUCAUCAGGAACCAGAUGGAACAAGAAGGCUACUGAAUUAUUUGCUUGAUAAUUUGGCAGGUACUGCAAAAAGAAUUUCGACAGAACAGCCACCUCCACGAUCUUGGAUUAUGUUACAAGAGCCAGACAGAACGAGGCCAACUGCCUUGUUUUCAGUCAUGUGCUACAACGUUCUCUGUGACAAGUAUGCGACCAGGCAGCUCUAUGGCUACUGCCCAUCCUGGGCCUUGAAUUGGGACUAUCGAAAAAAGGCCAUCAUGCAGGAAAUCUUGAGCUGGAAUGCUGACAUCAUAAGCCUCCAGGAGGUUGAAACUGAACAGUAUUACAGUUUUUUUCUGGUAGAGCUGAAGGAACGUGGAUAUAAUGGAUUCUUUAGUCCAAAAUCUAGAGCCCGGACAAUGUCAGAACAGGAAAGGAAGCAUGUCGACGGUUGUGCAAUAUUCUUCAAAAUAGAAAAAUUCACUCUGGUUCAGAAACACACUGUUGAAUUCAAUCAGCUAGCUAUGGCGAAUUCAGAAGGGUCCGAAGCUAUGCUGAACAGAGUCAUGACGAAAGAUAACAUCGGCGUGGCAGUGCUGCUAGAACUGCGGAAGGAACUGAUUGAAAUGUCAUCCGGUAAGCCCCAGCUUGGCACGGAAAAGCAGCUUAUCCUUGUGGCUAAUGCCCACAUGCACUGGGACCCCGAGUAUUCGGACGUGAAGCUGGUUCAGACGAUGAUGUUCCUCUCCGAGGUCAAGAACAUUAUCGACAAAGCCUCUCGCGGCCUGAAAUCCGGCAGUCUCGGGGAGCUGGGGACCAUCCCUCUCGUCUUGUGCGCGGAUCUCAACUCCCUGCCCGACUCGGGUGUGGUGGAAUACUUGAGCACCGGGGGCGUGGAAACAAACCACAAAGAUUUUAAAGAACUGCGAUACAACGAAAGUCUCACCAACUUCAGCUGCAAUGGGAAAAAUGGAACGACGAACGGCCGAAUCACCCAUGGUUUCAAGUUGAAGAGUGCCUACGAGAAUGGCCUGAUGCCUUACACCAAUUAUACGUUUGAUUUCAAGGGUAUAAUUGAUUACAUCUUCUACUCUAAACCUCAGCUGAAUAUUUUGGGCAUUCUCGGGCCCCUGGACCCCCAUUGGCUAAUGGAGAACAAUGUUAGCGGCUGCCCGCACCCCCUCAUCCCUUCCGACCACUUCUCCCUUUUUGCACAACUGGAGCUUUUGCUGCCUUUCCUGCCCUCGGUGAACGGACUCCACCUUCCGAGCAGGAGGUAGUCAAGCAAGUUCAGAGGGCGACCUCGAGGAAAGGAAUUGUACAAUAUCCCAGGUCUGAGAGGAGCGAGGUACGGCCAACCCCGGGGGUGGUUUUGGGUUUGGUUUUUUCUCUUUUCUCGGUCUUCGUUUUCGAGCGGACGACCUGACCGACGAGCCCAGCAAAAGCCAGGUGCUAUCAACAGACACACCUUUCUGAGCCCGACACGUUUUUCUACCUUACCGUUCAGACAGGGGAGGGUGCGUUGGCAGUUCUCUUGACUUGGCCACAACUUACCUUCCUGUUUCUCCUCUUCAGGCCUUGAAAUAGGGACCCCUUUCACCCGCCUCUCCUCUUUGCACAGGAACCUGUAGCAUGACUUUUUUUGGAGGCCAGUAGUAAGAGCCAGAGAUCACCCUUUCGCGUUACUUCACUCCCUCCUUUUUUCAGAGUUGUUUGUAAAAUAGAGAAUUUGAAUUUAGCCUUUAUCGAUUGUAUAUGAACCACAGAAGACCCAAUUUAUGAAAAUUUUGUACUUUGGAAAAAAAAAGAUCCGAUUUGGGAAUGAUUGUAUUGUAAACUAAGGCUAAAUUUUUUUUUUAAAUCUGUUUCAUGUGUUAUAAAAGGCCAUCUUAUAAAAGAAGUUGCCACAGGCUUUCUCUGCUAACAAUUUGCACUGUUGGGCUUUUGUGAGCCCCCUCGUACCACUUUAUUUUAAACUUGAGAACACCGCUUUUUCCAUCUAAAUCUGUCUUGAGCUCGAGACCUCAGCUCUGACGAGUGAGCCAUUUCCCCCACCCCCUUCCCGUGCACGGCGGAAGUUAUCGCGAAAGCACGUGGCUGAAUGGGUGAAAAGCUGAGUAGGCCUCUCUGAAAAAGUCAGGGGUGGACAGGUGGACCUCCUCAGACUUUCAGACCUUCAACCAUUCGGCUGAACAUUGUGGGAGACCCGGGUUCCAUCUCUAGCUUUAAAUACCUUCCAACCUACAUCCACUGUGCCUGCCUCAAUUUGUUCUCAACUCGCACUGCCUGUGCAUGCAGAGAAACUCUGUGCAUCCUCUUUUCUGUUCGUUUUUUUAAAAUACUGUUGAGACAGUUGUGAAACUUUUAUGAAGAUGCUUUUUUUUGUGUAAACCGUGGCAUUUCUUUUCCUUCGGGAAGCAUCGAAACAUCCCAGUUUUGAACCGGUCCCGAUGGUGGCCGCCAAGCCCCCGUCCCCGGGACCACAUUUUCACUAAAGAAACAUGAUGCCCACGAAUCCUUUCUGGUUCCGGGUGUCCCUCUGUCUCUGAGGUGAAGGAGGGGCCGGGGCGGGGAGCAUCUUUAUCUGAACAGAUGUCACGUUUUUCGGUUUUAUUGAAGCAGUGGAAAUUAGGGGCCUAUUCCAGACAGAUCCCCAAAACCAUCCUUCAGAUGGUUUUAAAGUGACCAAGUCCAAUUUUAAAGUGUCAAGUAAGACGAAGAUAUUAGACCCUCUCCUCCCCGCCACCGCAUUUUGCUCCUAGUGCCAUUAGAUGAGCGCCGCAAAGCCAAAUUUUAAAAGGACUCAUAGAAGUUUCCUUGCAUAUUCUCUCCUCCUCCCAGAGCCCGAAUCUUCGUUCGUCCAAAAUCAAUCAAAUGAGCUCAGAGAAUGUUGGGUCCAAACUGCUUUUGUUUCAACUGCAGGCAGGGGAACAAAAGGGCCCACAUCGCCUGAUCAUGAAGUGGGGAAUUUGUGGAAUUUCACAGACCCUUUUUUAAAGACAGUCAUCCCCAAAUGACGAGUUGAAAUUUUACGGCAAAACUUCCUUGCACUUCAGUGUACAUAAGCCGUUCUCUUUUAAGAUGAAAAUAAAAUGAAAUACUGAUGAAAUCCCUAAGGGUACGUUUUAGCUUUCACCAGAAGUUUUGUUCUUGAACCCUUGUCUGGGACCUGGUUUUUUGUGGGUUGUUUUUGUUUUGGUUAUUUUUAAUUAUCAUUUCUAGUUGUGCAAGCACCAAACAUGUCCAAUUUAUAAUCAACUCAUUGAAAUGCUGGUAGUAGUGAUGUAAUAGAUUCAAAGCGUAGCUAUUUUGGGAUUUUUUGUUUUUUGUUUUUUAUUUUUGUUUGGGUUUUUUUUUGUAAAGUGUGAAUAAAAGGUGUUUACUCAUGUUUCCUGAAGAAUGUGUUGUUAUAAAUGUGCAUCAUGACAAUGUCCAGUAGUGAUGAGUCAGCCUGGCUCAUCAGACUUGAGUGAACUAUUUUUCUGAUGAUCUGGAUUAUGAACUUAGAGGUCCGCAGAGCUUUACGGAAGGGGAGGGGGAAGCACUUAAUUCUUUUUGUAUCAGUCAGAGGGGAACGUCUCACUCUACUGGGUGCCGGACCUUAUGUGCACUAGUUAGGGCAUAAAAGGUUUGAGCUUUACACAAUAGAUUUUCACCUGUAUCUGUCACUGUCCUAAAUCUGUGGCAGCCUAGUGGAAAUGGUUUGACCUCUGGGCCUUGGUCCUUGUUUCUGUGUAGACCGAACCACGUCGCCGUUGCUUCACGGACCCCCCUCGGUGUGGCUUCCCCCACCCCUUAGGGACACGGUGACUCGCAACAGUAGAUGAUCGGUCAGCAGCCAGGAAUUCAAGAUGGGGAGAGGUUUCUUGUACCUCUAGGGGAGGGACAGACUCCCCCCACCCUCUAGGGGAAGGACAGACCCUCUCUCCAUCCCCCCCACACACAUACCCUCCCCCCAAACUGAACUAAGAUAGAUACUUUGUCGAGAGAGUUUGUGUUAAAAAAUAUAUUUUCCGGUGUCCCGCGUCAAACACAGCAAAUCCCAAUUUCCAGAGAGCCGUACUUAAAUAGAAAUGCAAUAAAAACCAUCUCUCUUCCCAGAAUGCAGUCACCGCACCUCCCACCCCCCCCUAAAAAAUUCUGUAACGUAAAAUGGUUAUUUACGAUAUUCUCUUAUUAAAAAAGUCUAUUUAAUGUGGUUUUGGUGUUGCCAAUAACGCACCUUCAGUGUUCCUAGAGAAUAAGCACGACUUCUAAGUGUUCCUCUCAGCAUUUGGGGGUUAGACCUUUCUGUUAAAACAAAGAUCAAAUGUCUUGGGCCUCUGGAUUGAUUCUGUAUUGCAGAAUCCCUUAGAAGUACAGUCUGCCAUGGUAGCAGGAAUCACUCCUGCUCUAAGAAAAUGGCAUUGAUCUAAAUUUGGGGCAAAGUCUGGACUGAGGCUGUGGAAAUGAAGACGAUUUUGAAACCUGGAUUGCGCCUUUUAAUCAAAAUAAUGGAAAGGAAGGCAAGGAAGAUCGGGGGGGGGGGGGUGUAUGUCAUUGUUAGGCCCUAUUUUGUAACAGUUAGUAAACUGUAAAAAUUAAACGAAACAACCCUCUUUGAUGGACAGCCAUGGUUGGUUGGAAUGGAAUUUGUCUUUUCUAAAAAGUGAAUUUUGUCCCAACUUUUUUUUUUAAUUCCUCUGAGGUGAAACCUUUGGAGAGGAAUUGAAGGUUCAGGUUUCCUUUUUAGCUAGGUAAGGCAAAGAGGUCCAGCCAAGACAUAUUUAACAAUGACGACGACAACGAUCGUCUCAAGCAACCGAACUGUACACCGAAGCGUUUCACCGGUGACUCAAAAUUAUACUGAAAACCGUUUAGGUAGUAAGCUUUGGUCACCCCUCCUGAAAACAGUAUUUUACCCCAUGUUAACUCUGCUAGUCUUUUUUCGGUUACGUAAAUUUUAAUGUCUUGGUAUGUUCCAGUAGUGUCUAAAAUAGUCUCUAGUGUUUAUCCACCAUACUUCUGUAUCAUUUGUAAUGCACUGGGUUAACUCUUGUUUACCAUUCAUGUAACAAAAAACCAGCACAUUAUCUGCACUAAAGCUCAAAGAAUGUUGCAUUUGUCUAGGCAGCUCUUCAAUAAGAUUAUUGGGAAACUGAUUAUGGUCUGGAGGUAAACAAGGGCUUUUACUGUUCUCUUCAGUGGGACUUUUUCUCCUUGGUCAAAUUUUAACUAGCUAGUAUUAUAUUUAUAUACAGGGUCUUCUUUUUUCUUUACCAAUGUAUUUUCCUACUCAUAGCUGACCAAUAAAUUCAAUAUCUGUUUCA